AUUCACACGUAGGUGUAUACGGGUCUGGCCUCACCCGUGCCCGCCCGUUUACAUUUCCGUAACAAGCCAAAUCUUUUUUGGUACUCUCUCAGAGAGGCUUCAAUGGAGAAAAAAGGUCGAGGUAGAUAGAGUCCUUAAACUCAAAACAAUGCCUUUUUCUCUGCAAUUCAACUACCCAAUCUUCAGCACUUCAUGUUCCCACCAGUUAAAACUUCACAAUAGUAUUAGAAAUCAGCCCUUUAAAUUCUUGUGCACUUCUCCACAAUCUGAAGAAGCUGCAAAAGACUCCUCUGGGUAUGAAAAGGAAAAUGGUAAUGGGCAUGUGAUUCUGGUGGAGAAGUACAGGAAUGGAACUUCAAAAAGGUACAUUAUAGAUAAUGACUCUGAAAUAAAAAUGUUUCUUGAGGAGCAUGUGCCCGCAACUACUGGAUCCCAGCAUCUUGAAAUCCCUGUCACGGAGUUAUCUUGGCUCCCUAAGGUUAUCAAGGAUUUUGUAUUACCAGCAGGUUUCCCAGAUACAGUUACAGAUGAUUACUUGGACUACAUGUUGCUUCAGUUCCCAACCAAUGUAACUGGGUGGAUUUGUCAUACGCUGGUGACGUCAAGCCUCUUAAAGGCUGUUGGAGUGGGAUCUUUCUCCGGAACUUCUGCAGCUGCUUCUGCCGCUGCUUCUGCUGCUGCCAUCAGAUGGGUUUCAAAGGAUGGCAUUGGUGCCGUUGGACGCUUUUUUAUUGGUGGGCGGUUCGGCAAUCUUUUUGAUGAUGAUCCUAAACAGUGGCGCCUGUAUGCAGAUUUCAUCGGCAGUGCAGGAAGUAUAUUUGAUCUCUGUACCCCUCUCUAUCCGUCUUAUUUCCUACCUUUAGCAUCUCUUGGAAAUCUUGCCAAGGCCGUAGCAAGAGGGCUAAAGGACCCUUCAUUCCGGGUUAUUCAAAACCACUUUGCUAUCGCUGGAAAUUUGGGAGACGUAGCAGCAAAGGAGGAAGUUUGGGAAGUAGCUGCUGAGUUGGUAGGUCUUGCUCUCGGCAUACUAGCCUUGGAUACACCUGGUAUCUCAAAGUCUUAUCCUACAUUGGCACUAACAUGGUUAAGCGUGCGGAUCCUACAUCUUUGGUUUCGCUAUCAGUCUCUUUCAGUUCUGCAAUUCAACACAAUAAAUCUCAAGCGGGCUCGAAUAUUGGUGAACUCCCAUGUUUUACACUGUACAGUUCCAGGAAUCGAUGAAUGCAAUAGGAUGGAGAGCAUCUUAUUGUGGCAAAGAUUUUUAAGGCCUCGAAUUAUUUUUGAGGUAUCUUUGGAGGAGAUGGUUGAUGGGGGCAAUUACAAAUCCAUGCAGAUCAAGCAACUCCUUAAUCUGUACAAGGAGGAGAAAUAUUUUCUUGUAGUAAAUCAGCAAAAGCCAAGAGAUUUUGAGGUCUUUGUAUCUUUCAAGGAAGGAGCCACAAGCCUAUCAGUGUUACGAAGUGUAUGGCAAACCUACUGGCUAUAUCAAAACUGGGGCUGGUCGGACAAUAUCUUUGAUCGGCUUGAGCAAAGUUUGGUAGAAUUGAAGCAUAGGUUUCCUGAUCUAUUACAACAACUAAUUGAAGCUGGAUGGGAUACAAAUAAUUUAAGUUUAAAGGUCCCGAAAGAAAUGUCGAUUGAGGAGCUUCCUGCACUGUAACACCAGGGAAUGCAUCUGUCUUAUAUGAUCAUACUCCAAAUUCCUGGCACUUACCUUUUUGCCGGUCUGAUGGUUCGUCACCUCAUUCGUUGGAGGGAAAAGUUCCAAAUCUAUCCCUCUACUAUAUGAUAAUAUAUUAAUUUAACCCUCCGUUAUCUUGGGGUCAAUUCAUACCCUUGCCGUUAGUAAAUUAUUUCUUUAUUUUUUUUCCUUGACUUUAACGGAGCCCCAGCAGGGAUUGGAUGGACUCCACGUGUCGCAAUACUUCGGGAAAAAAGUUUAAAUUUACUCCUUUAGUUUUGAUGAGGGAUUAAAACUACCCUCCAUUAUAUUCCUGUUCGAGCUUCGUUGAUGUCAAGGUUCAAUACGAGACGGUUUGCUAAGUACAAGGGUAUGAAUGGCUUCAAAGUACAACGGAAGGCAAAAUUAAGGUAUUUCGUAUAGUAGAGGUCUAUUUUUUACCCUUUUCCCCUUAAUUGAAUGUUGCAUGGAUGACCUUCAUGUGAAGUAAUCUCUCUGGUUUCAUUUCAAGUUCAUCUUGUGAACCACUAUCCCUUUUGCAGUUGGAUGACAAGUUUUCAA